UCUUUGUUAUUUCAUUGGUUUUCAGCUUAAGAUACUAUCUGUUUUAUUGAUUUGCCAAAGUUUCAAUCUUUGUGGUGCUUUCCACAUUUUUAGCUUCUUCUUGUGAUUCUUGAGUAUUAGUUAUAUGGGACUCAUGGGUCUUGUUUCCCUUGUCAAGUUGAUGAAUAGAUUGAAAACUUGGGGGACUUUUUUCUGUUUAGGAGGAUAAAAGAGCUCCUAAUUUCAACUGAUCUUUGCAUUUUCAAGAAUUUGUUGAGUGAGGGUUGGUCAGGACAAUUAGACUUCUCAGUUUUCCCUUUGUGAUGUUGGGUUUGAUUAGGGUUUAUCUAAAUAUUCUGGUAGAGCAACCUCAGAAUAUUUGGAGAGAAUUAUGGUUCAGACAUUAGAGUACAUAAGGGGUGGAGGAGGUUCGAUUAAAGUUGGAACAACUGGUACAAUCAGUGCCCUCAUGUCAAGAGAAUUAGAUUCAAAAACAUCUGCUUCUACGACAUCUGUAUCACAUAGGUACAGGUCUCCUACUGUUUGUUCAUUUGCUGCUGGUGAUGCAACCAGUCCUAAAAGAACAAAGCCAAGAACAUCAAUCGAUAAAGCUAGCAGAAGCUGGGCAUCCGAAGAUUAUAAAAAUGGCCCCGAGAUAGUCAGGAAGGCGAAGCAUUAUAACUGUAGAACUCCUCAAAUUCCAAUACUAGAAUCAGAAAACAUUUCAGUGGAUGGAACUCCUAUUAGGCAGAAAUCUGAUAGAAAGGGACCGACGUUGGUGGAAAUUGUGGACAUAAAAUGUGGUAGUGCAGAAAAAACACGGGCAAACCUUAUGAAGAAUCGCCUAAAGAAGAUUGGCUUCUCAAAGCUCCCUGAGAGCCCUCUCUAGGCUUGUGAACCUUGUAAGUUAAUCCAGAAAUUGCUUUUGGGCGAUCAUGUUCUGCAACUUCUACCACAGAACAGAUACUGGUUAUGACCAACGAAACGAUCCAAGCUUUUGUCUGGAGUAACUGCUAGCUGAAAACACAUCUGCAAGUUGCCAAAAGUUGCUACACAGAUUAUCUUGAUGGCCCAUUUCCAGUUGCUACACAGUUCUCGAUUUCUUGCAAUACGAGGCAUCCAAUUGUGCCUCUGCUGCCUAUUUCAACCGAAAAACUUUUUGCAGUCAUCUUCUCAGCAACAGUAAAGCCUAAGCAGUUAUAUUCUUACAUUUAGCUUGGCAGGAGGCAAAGUGAUAUGUCCUGUGUUUGAAGAGAUGUCAUCCUGCCUGACAUGAGAAUUGGUCAUUUUGCUUAGGCCAAAUUUCAAGAACUUUUAAGCGAAUUCUUUACCAUAUCUUCUCUAUGUACUUACCAUGCCCGACGAUCACCUUAUUCGUGUGUUGUUAAAUAAAGUUGCUCAACUUUUAACUGUAUGUGCAUUCAGUUAACUUUAUUUCAACAUUGGCAAAUGUUUUAUUGUCA